AUGUCCCUCUACCGCAACGUCGUGUGGUUCGCCAAGGGGCUGCGUGAAUACACCAAGAGUGGCUAUGAAUCUGCGUCACAGGACUUCAUCGCCGAUGACUUGGAGGUCCAAGUUCCUGGAAGAGCCUUCCUGAUCACUGGAGGGAACAGCGGCAUUGGGAAAGCAACUGCCCUUGAAAUUGCCAAGAGAGGUGGCACAGUUCACCUGGUUUGCAGAAAUCAAGAGCGCGCAGAAGGUGCCAAAGGUGAGAUCUUCAGGGAGAGCGGGAACCAGAACAUCUUUCUGCACAUUGUGGACUUGUCUGAUCCUAAGGCAAUCUGGAAAUUUGUGGAGAAGUUCAAGCAGGAACAUAAACUAAAUGUUCUGAUCAAUAAUGCAGGCUGCAUGAUCAAUAAAAGAGAACUCACAGAAGAUGGACUUGAGAAAAACUUUGCCACCAAUACUCUCGGUGUAUACAUCCUCACCACUGGCCUGAUCCCCGUGCUGGAGGGAGAGCAGGACCCCAGAGUGAUAACCGUCUCCUCAGGAGGAAUGCUGGUUCAGAAACUGGACACUGAUGAUCUGCAGUCAGAAAGGGCAGCAUUUGAUGGAACCAUGGUCUAUGCACAAAACAAGAGGCAGCAGGUGGUCCUGACUGAGCUGUGGGCCAGCGCGCACCAAGCCAUCCACUUCUCAUGCAUGCACCCUGGCUGGGUGGACACUCCAGCUGUGCGGCUGUCCAUGCCCGGCUUCCACGCCAGGAUGAAGACCAGACUGCGCUCAGAGGCGCAGGGUGCGGACACGGUCCUGUGGCUUGCCCUGUCCCCAGCGGCCACCACGCACCCCAGUGGCCAGUUCUUCCAAGAUCGGAGACCAGUUUCCAAGCACCUGCCUCUUGCUUGGACAUCGUCCUCACCGGCUGAAAAGGAGAAGCUAACUGAGGUCCUGGAGGAGCUGGCUCAGAGAUUUAAAUAG